AUGUCUGGUAUACAAAAUACUGAUAAUAAGUGGAUUUUUAUUAGAGUCAAUGAUGGGCUUGCUUUAGCUAAGGUUACAAAAGGCCUAUCAACAAUUGACUGUGUAUACAAGCUUUUAGACGAAGACCGAUUAGAACAAUUCCAAAUAAGCUCUAAAGAGCUUCUGAAAGCCUCAACGAAAGAAGAAGGACUAAUAGAUACACUGCAGGACAUAUACACAAUAUUAUCAGAAGAAUCCAAUGCUAAGUUUGAGUCAUUGGGAAGCAAGAUGUUUCUAUCCAUCCAAAGAAAAGAUUCGUCUGAGAUUGUUUUAGAAGUGGAAACCUCCAGUGUUGAUGAGAGUCGAGAACAAACGCUACUACAUGAGUGUACUGGAUAUUUGAUGAAAAAUGCGGUGGUUGGAAAUCAUAUUCGAACAUAUAUUUCCCACCUCGCAUUAGAAAAAGAUAGGGCGAUCGAAUUUUUAGGGAAUACUGCCAAAGAUUACGGAGCUAGCAAUACAAUACUUAAAUGGGCUCCUGUAAACUCUCCAAACUACAAAUCAUUGAUGAAAUUUGAUCCAAGUUUGGCAUGGGCCGAGAGUUUUCCAAAUGGAAGCGUCAAUCUAGACAUAAUAGAUCUUAAUGAAUUAAAUGAAAUUACACACAAGAGUGCUGCUGUUUCCAUCAGAAGUUACAACAAAGACAAAGAUGUGGAAGAAGAAGAGAAAACCACUGGCCAGGAAAUUUGGGACUCAAAUGUAGGAGAGAGUAAUCUUGAAGAUGAUAGCCUACUAGCGCAAUUCAACUUAGAUGAAAGUUUGAAACUCACAUCCAGUUCCCCAGUUAAGCUGAAAGUAGCGGACGACUCAAUUUUGGAUGUGGAAAUUAAGAACCAAGAUAACCAUAGCAUUAGUGAUUCAGAAUCUGCCACAGAUAUUGAAUACGAGAGUCCACGAAAGCGUUCCCGUCAUGAAAAGUAG